AUGAGCGAACAACUUCAACAUACUCUAUGGCUAUGGCCGGAGGGUAUGUACCCUCGACGGGUCACAUACUGGCUCAUGAUAAAGGGGCUAGUGGCACAUACCGCCGACGUCAAAGCAGGCAUGACUACAAAGACAAAUUUACGCAUCAGUCUAAUCCAACUCGAUAUGAAAAAGGGCUUCGUGUACGUGGACGCUGAGGAUCCAGCGCCAAAGGGAGCGAGCACACCAUGUCUCCGCAUCACCAACACGACCACCAACACUACUGACUACAUCCACGAAAGCUCAGCCAUCCUUUCUUAUCUCGAGAAGACUUACUCAACCUGCGGUCCGACCCUAGUCCCGCUUGACCCCUUGGGUUCUGCGCUGGUUGACGACCUCGUCGGCGCCAUUAAUCUGGCCAUCUGUGAGGGCGGCACCUACCUCAAACACGCCGUGCCGCAGGCGACCAUGUGGUCAAUGCUCAAGAAUGAGGACCGCAGCCAUGCCGCCGCUCUUAAUGGCCAGGCCUUCAUGGUGAAAGGUCUUUUGAAGGUCCAGCAGUGGGCCGAGGAAACUCUGCGCACAACCGGGUGGCUGACGCCUGGAAUUACGGGGCCCGGAGUCGUUGACGCCAACCUUGCUGCCGCACGACGGUAUCUGGAGCUGACUUAUGAGUGGGACAUUUUCGAAAACAAGGAGCUUGGUCCGUUGGCCAAAUGGUAUUCGAGAUUUCGCAUUCUUCCGUGGUGGGACGAGCUCGAGGAGAGGGAUGAUGUCCACCCACGAGAAAUGAUGUUUGGCAAAGAGUGUCGUGAGGUUUAG